GUGAUGCCAAUGUGAUAUGGGAUGGGGAGGAGGCGGGCCGAUGAGGAGGGCAACGGAGAGUGCGAUGGGGAGUAUGAUGAAGAGUAUGAGGAGGGGGAUGAGGAGGAUGAGGAGGACGAGGGGGAAGAAGGGGAAGAGGAGGAGGAGGAAGAUGAGGAGAAGGAAGAGGAUGAGAAGGAUGGUGAGGAGGAUGAGGAGGGAGAGGAGGGUGAGGAGGGAGAGGAGGAUGAGGAGGGAGAGGAGGAUAAUGAGGAAGGGUAGGUACAAGAAGAGCUCGAACAUGAAGUGGAAGAGCCCGAAUUUGGUACUUUUGAAUCGAACUGCUUCCCUUCUCGUUUUUACUAGGUGAUUCAUGGCUGCCUAGCCAAAUUAC